CAUCAUAAUUCAUAGAUAAUCUAUGUAAAGCACUUACGCGCGCUGGACGGUCCAUUACACUGUUAUAGUUUAAUCGGCAAUUUUCAAUAGUUUUAUAGUCCAUUACGGAUUUAUUUAAGCUGGUCAAGUUGGUUAAUUCCCAUAACAUUACUAUCAGCCACGGUAAAUAAUUAAAGAACUUAUCAAAUACGAACAUUUGUAAUAAAUUUCAAUAGAAAAUACCAUCAAGAUUUAAAUCAUGUCUGUAGUUCUUGAAACUACUAUUGGGGAUUUAACAAUAGAUUUGUUUAUAAAAGAAAGACCUCACUCUUGCAAAAACUUUCUGAAGCUGUGUAAAUUAAAAUAUUACAACUUUUGUCUCUUUCAUCAUGUACAAUCAAAUUUUGUGGCUCAAACAGGCGAUCCAACAGGUACUGGAUCGGGAGGACAAUCAGUGUAUGGAAUUUUAUCAGGUAAAGACGCUAGGUACUACGAAGGAGAAAAAAAACCAAAAAUUAAACAUGAUCGGCCUGGACUUGUUUCAAUGGUUAAUUGUGGCGAUAAUUUGAUUGGAUCACAAUUCUUUAUAACUUUAGGUGAAGAUACAACUUGUUCAUUAGAUGAACAUAUUGUUUUUGGUGAAAUAGCUGAAGGUCAUGAUGUAUUAUUAAAAUUGAAUGAGACAAUUUGUGAUGCUACACAUCGACCAUAUCAGGAUAUAAGAAUCACACAUACAGUCAUUUUGGAAGAUCCAUAUUCUGAUCCUGAUGGUUUAAUUGUACCUUGUCAAUCUCCUGAGCCACCAUUAGAAGUGCUCCAGAGUGACAGAAUUGGAGCAGAUGAAGACAUCACUGAAGAUAUAGAUAUUGAAGAAUUAGAAGAAAAACGACAAGAAAAAGAAGCUCAAGCUCGUGCUACCAUUCUUGAAAUAGUUGGGGAUCUACCUUCUGCUGAUAUUGCACCUCCUGAAAAUGUUUUAUUUGUGUGUAAGCUAAAUCCAGUUACCAGUGAUGAUGAUUUACAAAUAAUAUUUAGCAGAUUUGGUAAAAUUGUAAGUUGUGAAGUUAUUAGAGAUAAAAAGUCUGGGAAUUCUCUACAAUAUGCUUUUGUUGAAUUUGAUAAUCAAAAAUCAUGUGAAGAUGCUUACCUGAAAAUGGACAAUGUUCUAAUUGACGAUCGCCGAAUUCAUGUAGAUUUCAGCCAAAGUGUAUCAAAAAUUAAAUGGUUGGGAAAAGGACGAGGAGUAAAAUAUACAGAUAAAGAUGAUGAAGGAAAAAAUAUAAGUGAUAAAUAUUCAAAGUACAGAAAUAAGAAAAGAGAUAGUUAUGACUCUAGGAAUAAUUACAUUAAAAAUAAAAUAUCAACUCAUGAUUCAAAACGUUACAGAAAAGAUGAUAAAAACUAUAGAUAUCGAGAAAGUGAAAAAGAGGAAAGAGUUCCCUAUACUAAAUAUAGGAGAAAUGAAAAAGAUGACAACAGAAGACGUGAAGAUAAAACGAGAACAAAUUUCAGAAAUGAAGGAGAAAGGAAAACCGAUAGAAACGAAAGGGAUGGAAAAAAUGAAAAGGACGACAAAAAUAGAAGAAGUAAUAGAGAUGAUAGGGAUAAAAGAAGUAAUAGAGGCGACAGAACCCAAAGAAGUGAUAGACAUAAUAGGGAUAGCCGUAGAUAAGUUAGUAGGUAUUGAAUAAUGAAUGAAACAGUUGAGAAUGACAAUUUAACCAUUUAUGUAUGUAUAUAAUGACAGAAGACUAAGCUUGAAAAUUUCUUUGAUGAUGUAUUCAUAAAUAUAAUUGUUACAUUUUUAUUAAAAUUGAAUACAUUGGUACUUGUACCAAAUUUUGAGACCUAAGUCUAGUUAAUAAAUUCAUAUUAUUAUUACACAAAAGGUGGACAUGAAUGAGAUCCUUUAAAAAAGAAGUAAACCUGUUUAUUUACAAUUUAUAAAUCUUAAAAACUAAUCUCUAAGUAAAGUUUAAAUUUUAAAAAAAACCUAAUUUUACUGUUUGUACUCAAUGUGAACAAACUUAACUUUUAAAUUAACUUUCUCAACAUUUGCUCUUUCAUAAAAGGUAUUAUCACAGUUGGGUAUAUUAUAGCUACAUAUAAUCUACAACUGCCAAGUUACUCGUUUUUU